AUGUCUACCACCUACUGUGGCAUUGCCAAGGAACGCAAGGAGCUCCUUGCCCAGCUGCACGAGCAGCUCUUACUGCUGGCCCAGGGCCCAGAGGUCAUCGAUAUCGACGUCGUCUUGUACCGCAUUGACGACCUGACUGAUCAGUUGUCAGAUCUCGACGAUGCGAAGUACCAGAUCCAGGACCAGGGCCAGGAGGAGGAUACGGACGCCGAAGAGGAGUUCUACUCAGGUGAGCAGCCGGCCGACGACGACGAAGGCGAGACGGUGGAGUGUGUGAACUGCAUGAUGCAGGAGCAGCGGUGCAUCCAUCGCUGCGAGGUCGAUGAAUGUCGUGUCUGCACGGCCCGUUGGUUGUUCGAAUCUCUCGAUGUGAAUUUCAGGGAACAUCCCCAGACCAUCGAAGCUCAAGAAGAUGAACCUCUCUUGGGUCGACCCGGUCAAGUUGUCCAGAAAGAGACAGAUUAUAUCUUUUAUAACCUGUUCACGGGAUCGGCUACAGUGGCCCAGUUUGGAAUCUGGAUUCUAGUCAUCCUCGUCUGGUCUGGCAUCCUCUCCCAUAACUUAAUCUUCUUCUCCGCUCACCCGCUGCUCAACUCCUCGGCCCUUCUCCUACAAGUACAGGCGUCUCUGAUUCUACAGCCCACCGUCACACCCCAGCAGAAGCUCCGAGGGACACGCAUCCAUUACGCCCUCCAAACCAUCAGCGUGGCGGCGUUCAUCAUCGCCUUCAUAAUCAUUGAAAUCAACAAGGGCGAUCAUCCGCACUUCGACUCGCCCCACGGCGUGUUGGGUCUCGUCACGUAUAUCUUGAUUAUCCUGCAGGCUCUCGGCGGGGUUAUCCAGUACUUUCUUCCCGUUCAAGUUCUGGGGAGUAUCGACCGCGGAAAACGCUUCUAUAAGUAUCAUAGGGUGUCUGGAUAUAUGCUGCUCCUUGUGGAAUUAGCAACGGUGGCGGCGGCCACGCGCACCGACUUCAAUCUCGCGGUGUUGUCAAUUUCUCUGUGGUCGGUCCUGGUGGCGAUCGUGGUGCUGAUUGCCGGUGUUGGGGGCCGAAUUAAGAAGGCCACCGCUCCAAAGCCAACUCCCGAUAUUAAACACAUUCGCCAGAACGCAGAGCUCUACUCGAAAAACAGCCUGGAUCGGAACUACCCAUCGCACGCGGACCAUCCCUUUCAAAUCCAGCAGUUAUCCGAUGAGACUCGCCGUCUAGACCACGAUCUCAAAGCCCCCCGAUCCCGCAUCAAGCAGCUGGAGAAGUCCAUCGCGCAGCUCGCCCGUCAGGAUGACCAGACCGAUGCCAGGGAACAAGAGCUGGCGAACCUACGGUCGGAGGCACAGCGAUUGAAGGACGAGUCGCUGGCCAUGGCGACUCGGAGAUCGGCGUGCACAGAUCAGAUCCACAAAUUGGCCCUGUCCCUGCCCAACCUCUCUUCUACCAAAACUCCCGUCGGCCACAAUGCUCGACUCAUCGAAUAUAUCAACUUUGAUCCUCAAUCGCCGCCCAACUGUGCUGUGCGACCGGACCCGACCCGCUCGCACGUCGCCAUCGGCACCUCGCUCGGCCUUCUCGACUUCACCAGCUCCGCAACCACCACUGGCUGGGGCUGGUACUUCCUUCUCAACGAGGGGGCACUACUGGAACAGGCUCUGAUCCAAUACUCCCUGAGCGUGGCGCGCAAACACGGCUGGAAACCCGUCUCUCCUCCUUCCAUUGUCUACUCCUACGUCGCCGAGGCCUGCGGCUUCCAGCCGCGCGACCAGCACAACGAGCAGCAGAUCUGGUCCAUCGUACAAAGCGACAAGGACCGGUCCAAACCCCCGAGAUCUCUCGCCGCCACCGCCGAGAUCCCCCUGGCCGCCAUGUACGCCGGUCGCGACUUCGACGCCGUCGAUCUGCCCGUCAAGCUGGUCGGGCCCAGCCGAUGCUAUCGUGCCGAGGCUGGCUCCCGCGGCGUCGACACCAAGGGACUCUACCGAGUGCAUGAGUUCACCAAGGUCGAGAUGUUCGCAUGGGCCGACAAUCUUCCCACCGGGUCAUCAUCAUCAGCAGCAGCAUCCGUCACAUCAGACGACCUCUUCAAUGAACUUCUCUCCAUCCAGAUCGAGAUCCUCUCCACUCUCGGUCUCCCAUGUCGCGUCCUCGAGAUGCCCACCGCCGAUCUGGGCGCUAGCGCCAGUCGAAAACGCGAUAUCGAGGCUCUCUUCCCGUCCCGACUGCGUGCAGCAUCGUCCACGUCUCCCGGAGACUCAUUGCUCGAAUCCGCCUGGGGCGAGGUCACCUCUGCAUCUAUCUGUACGGAUUAUCAGAGUCGACGACUGGGGACGCGCGUGCGCGGCGGAAGUAUCAAGGAAUCUCGAUUCCCUCACACGGUCAACGGCACGGCGAUGGCAGUGCCGAGGGUGUUGGCGGCGAUCCUGGAGAAUGGAUGGGAUGAGAAACGCGGCGUGGUGGUUAUACCCGAGGUUCUGAGGAAUUAUAUGGGAGGGAUGGAAGUUAUUGGGUCUUAG